GACCCGUUUUUUUUAAUCGUGAAGCCUAGAAAACUACACAUCCUCCUUUCUAUAAAGUCGCUGCCGAAAGCAAGCUGAAACUUCUCUUUCUCCUCAGCUUCUAACGCCGGCGUUAGAAUCUUCUAACACAUUACCACCAAUGGCGGCCGUGACCCGCCUCUUCAGAUCCUCAGCCUCAUCCUCCUCCGCCGCCGCCUAUUUCACCCGGAGGUCCUUAACCACGGCGGCAGCCACCGAAUUAAGAUCCCAAUCUUGCAUCCCGCGCAUAGAUCCCAAGGGCAGGAAUUUCCAGUGGGUAUUUUUGGGGUGCCCCGGCGUAGGAAAAGGCACGUACGCGAGUAGGCUCUCAGCUCUCCUCGGCGUUCCGCACAUCGCCACCGGCGAUCUCGUUCGCGAAGAGCUAUCGUCGUCUGGCCCUCUGUCGAAGCAACUUGAGGAAAUUGUAAACCAGGGUAAAUUGGUAUCGGAUGAGAUAAUUAUAAAUCUGUUAUCAAAGAGGCUUGAGAUGGGAGAAACCAAAGGCGAAUCAGGAUUCAUUCUCGAUGGGUUUCCCCGCACAGUGAGACAAGCAGAAAUAUUGACUGAAGUGACAGACAUUGACCUUGUGGUAAAUCUCAAGCUUCCAGAAAAUGUACUACUAGAGAAAUGCCUUGGAAGAAGGAUUUGCAGCCAAUGUGGAAAGAACUUUAAUGUGGCAACAAUUGACGUCAAGGGUGAAAAUGGGACUCGUGACAUAAGUAUGGCCCCUCUUCUUCCUCCUCCCAACUGUGUCUCGAAGCUCAUUACACGGUCUGACGAUACUGAAACUAUUGUCAAAGAAAGACUUCGCAUAUACAACGAAAAGAGUCAACCAGUGGAGGACUUUUAUCGCAGUCAAGGGAAAUUAAUGGAGUUUGACUUGCCUGGAGGUAUACCAGAGUCGUGGCCGAAAUUGCUUGAAGCACUGAACCUCGAUGAGAACGAGGAUAAACAGUCGGCCGCCGCGUAGAUUCUGUUGAAUGUUCAAUUUUUUUGCAGAAAGCAGCAGUACUUUUUUUUUUUUUUAAUUUAAUACCUUAAUUAUUAUUUUUCACAUGUCGAAAAAAUAACAACAUGACUGAGUUUAUCCGGCCAAGAAUCGUCCGGGGUGGGUAUAUUUUAUGUCUCUCGAUGUUUUAGUUUUGUUGUAGAAUUAUGUGAGUUGGAGAUUUGCAGAAGGUUCAUCACUUGCUGCAACUGUAAUAAAUUUGAAAACAAGGUUAAAGUGGCAACUAUUCUUUGCUCCCAAUGUUAUGGGAUUUGAUAUUUCAAUUGGU